GUGUGUGUGUUUAGCUCACAGCCUUUAAACGCAGGUCCUGGAUCAGUUGACUCCGUAUCCGCUCACACUCUCUUUUUUCCGCUCCGUGUUUUUGUCAAGAGGAAUCAUGUCUGCUCCCGCUGCAGAAGGUCCCGGCGCCUCGGGCGUGGCAGGAAGCAACCGAAGACUGCAGCAGACCCAGGCUCAGGUGGAUGAGGUGGUGGACAUCAUGCGGGUGAACGUAGAUAAAGUCCUGGAGCGAGACCAGAAGCUGACGGAGCUGGACGACCGGGCAGAUGCUCUUCAGGCUGGAGCCUCGCAGUUCGAGACCAACGCCGCCAAACUGAAGAGGAAGUACUGGUGGAAGAACUGCAAGAUGUGGGCCAUUUUGAUAGCUGUGCUCAUCAUCGUCAUCAUCAUCAUCAUCAUUUGGAGUAAAUCCUAAAACAGCAGGAAAAUUGCAGAAUGGCCUGACGGUUGCGAUGGGAAAGUGGGUAAAUAUAUAUACGAAGUAUCAGCUGAUACUAUGAAGACGGAGAGAGAGCACAUUCUUGUUCUUCCUGACGUAAAGCUGUUCUAGCCUGCUGAGUGUCAAAUUUUGUAAAAAGAAAAAUAAUCCUUAACACUUUUGUGUGUGUUUUGGUUUUAAUGGUUUGCUAUUCAAAUGUGCAAAACCAGACUUUUUUUUUUUCCCUCUCUUCUUGCUUGUUAAAAUUUCACACACUCCAUACUUUUGUUGUUUGUACUCCUCACAACGGCCUUAAGCAGUCAGUAGUUAACGAGCAAAACAGGUGCCUUAAAGGAGCGGUUUGUCAUUGUUAAAGCUUGGUGUUCCUCUGAAGCUUUGUUUUUAAGGGGAAAAGGUGGAGCUGGAGAGCGUUUUGUAAACUGAAAUGAAGAAAUUAGUUUUGUCAACCUGCCACUGAGAUAUUUAUAAGACAACUGCACGGUCUAGAAGCAAUUUAUAAAUGAUAAACUGCUACCUUCUUGACUCUGAGGUCACAUGAUUGAUUUGUGUACAGCAAUCUGUUGCUGUUUAUAGUCUUGAUGUUGAACAAUUCUGACCAAAAUGUUGAACCUUUUUGCUUGCUGAUUAACAGAGAGCUGUGUCUCUCUAAAACCUGAUGUAAAAUGAUUGAAUUGUUUUGUUUGGGGCUUUUCUCACUUUUUUUUUUUUUUAAUUUUUUUUUAAAUUAUAAAAGUCAUCAUUGGGUGCCUUAACACUUAAACAGCAUGAUUUUGACACAUCCAGUAACUUGAAGGCUUUCGAACAAAUGCAUCAGAGUGCCAUUUAAUCAACAGUGCCAGCAUGAUUCAAAUCCGCUAUAGAUUUGUAUAAUAAGCCAUAUAAUCAUAAAACAAAUUAAUAUUACACUUUAUUUGAAUUUGCACGGAUUUUUUUUUCUUCAACCUGCUGAACCGCAGGUUUUUUUUUUAUGAUCUCAUGCAAAGUGAUGAGUUAUUUGAAUAAAGUUCUUGCUACAGUUUCACUUUUUUUUUUUCUUUCUAACAUCACUCGCUAAGCAGCAGCGUUUCCUGGACGUUCACAUCAUGCACAAGUUUGAGUAUGUCCCUGAUUGAUUGAUUUUAUAUGUACAGUACUGUGCAAAAGACUUGGACCAUCUGAGAACUGUGUGAGAGAAGCCAUUUAUCUAGACAGGGUUUGUUUUUAAACCACUUCAUAACAGGAUUUUUGCAUUUUCCACCCAAAAAAAAAAUCAGCUAGCUGGAGGAACUCUUGGUUUGUGUUCCAAACCUCUUCUCGAGGCACCAUGUACAAGUUCAGUUGUAUGUACUUGUUAAAAUACCACCAGCAGCACAGCUCCUACAACUCCAAUGUUCAUUAGCCAAAGCAGGUGUGCUAGCAGUGGCAAUUUAACAAGCACACCAGUGUACCGGGGGAAUUGGAGAGACGUUCUCAGUAAAGCAUGGCCCGUGUGUCUUUGGGAAGACUAUUAAGCCCAGCUUUAAGCUCAGUAAUGUCCUAUAAACGUGAUUCAGACCUGCUUGGGCUGUUAACAUGGCUGAAAGUGUGUGAGAACACCUGGACAUGAAGAUGCAUUCUUCGUGAAGCUAAAAAAAACAAACAUAUAACACUAUUUCAUGUAUGGGUUCUAAUAAAAGCUCUGUCAUGUAACUAAUGCAGAAUAAAGCAAGUUCUAUUAUAUUAGUGCUUCUGUUUAUAUGAUGCAAGACAAAGUUUUCCGCAUAUUUUGGUCUCAGACUUUUGCACAUUACUGCUUUCUGAAUGUAAACCAUUAUAUUUCAAAUAAUUCUAUACGAUUGCCUUCCAACCUGUUGUGCUUUUUGAUUUUGCUACUGCUAAUAAACAUGUAUUUCAUCACCUCA